CCUCUCUUUCUCUCUCUAAAAACCUUAGCUUUAUCGAAAUUCAUGAAUUCUGGUGGCGGCCCUGAAGAGCAUGGGCAGUAGCUUCCCCGCUCUCCCCGCGAAGCGCCGCCCCUUGCCCCUGCCCUCGGCAGCCAUGCCCGACCCCACCCCCAGCCUCCCCGCCGCCGCCGCCGCCGCCGCGAACGGCCCGUCCUCCAAGCGGUCGAGGGCCCCUCCCCAGCCCCUCUCCGUGCCGCCCGGCCACGCCGCGUUCCGGCUUCUCUGCCACGCGUCCCGCAUCGGCGGGGUCAUCGGCAAGUCCGGCGCCACCAUCAAGCACCUCCAGCAGUCGACCGGGGCGAGGAUUCGGGUGGAGGACGCGCCCCAGGAGUCGCCCGACCGGGUCAUCACCGUGAUCGCCCCGAGCGCGGUUUCCGCCAGAAUCUCGGUCUCGCUCGACGGCGGCGGCGGCGAGAGUCGUGACGAGAGCCCCGGGGCGAGCGACGGCGACGGCGAUGUCGAGGGCGGCGAGGUGGAGGUGUCCAGAGCGCAGGAGGCGCUGGUGAGGGUUUUCGAGAGGAUCCUGGAGGUCGCGGCGGAGAGCAACGGGGCUGCCGUGGGAGUCGGGGUGGUUUCCUGCAGGGUUUUGGCGGGGAAGAGCCAGGCCGGGUCGGUGAUCGGUAAAGGAGGGAAGACGGUGGAGAAGAUAAGGAAGGAGAGUGGCUGCAAGAUUAGGGUUUUGACCGAGCAGCUGCCCGCGUGUGCUGCUGCCGGCGAAGAGAUGAUAGAGAUCGAAGGGGAGGUUCAUGGAGUAAGGAAGGCACUUGUUGCAGUCUCUGGCCGCCUUCAAGAAUGUCCACCGGCUGAUAAGAUACCUGACAAGUCUCGGACAACUGGUGGCAGAACUCUUGAUUCUUUGUCCCUCCAGACUUUGCCUGACUUUCAUGUAGAUCUUCCUCAGCGGAACCCAGUGUUCCCCGCAAUGCCAAGUGGAGCAGUUAGUUAUGGUGCAGGAGUUCAUCCUUUGGCUGUUGAAGUGGACAGGGCCCCUACCAUCGAAGCAAAAGCACUUCAGCAAGAAGUUAGCUACAGAAUUCUUUGCUCCAAUGACAGGGUUGGGGGUGUCAUUGGAAGGGGGGGCUCCAUUGUUAAGGCUCUUCAGAAUGAAUCAGGUGCUUCGAUAAGUGUUGGACCUACUGUAGAUGAGUGUGAUGAGCGACUAAUAACUAUUACGGCUUCUGAGAAUCCCGAAUCACGCUACUCACCUGCACAAAAGGCUGUUGUUCUUGUUUUCACGAGGUCAAUUGAAGCUGGCGCUGAAAAGGGUCUGGAUUCUGGCUCAAGUAAGGGUUCUCCUGUUACUGCUCGUCUUGUAGUCCCAUCGAACCUAGUUGGUUGCUUGCUGGGAAAAGGAGGCUCUAUAGUUUCAGAAACACGGAGGGUAACAGGGACUAACAUUUGGAUAAUGGUGGGUGACCAGGUCCCUAAGUGUGCUUCAGAGGAUGAUGAAGUGGUACAGAUUUCAGGGGAGUUUUCUAACGUUCAAAAUGCGUUAUACAAUAUAACUGGUAGACUGCGAGAUAACAUUCGUCCCAGCUCAUCGAACAAUUUGGAAAGCAGGGUGGCUUCCUCUGUUUUGGCAGAGACUAGUCCUUAUGGAAGACUAAAGGAUCCUGUUGCUCUGGGUUUGGACACAUCACCAGGUAUUUCUCCAGGUCUUAGCAGAUACACAACUUUGACACCUAGUACAGAUCAACUUGGAUUAAGGCAUCAUCUUGAUCGUCCUUCCCCACCAAGGAUGUGGACAUCACAGGGAGUUGCUGGAGUUCCACAAAGGAGCAUCUCAGAUGGUGGCAGAGGUUUGACAUCACUAAGAAGUGGUACAGAACUUGGCAGUGGGAAUAAAUCAGCUAUUGUGACAAACACUUCGGUCGAGAUCGUCGUACCUGAAAAUGUCAUGCACUGUGUGUAUGGGGAGAAUGGUAGCAAUUUGACUAGACUGAGACAGGCCAAUUAUAUUCUUGCCCGAUUCUAUGUGCCCUUGUUACUCCCUGAACUCGAGUUGACUGAAACCCUGGGAUAUAUGACUAUCUUAUCUCAACUGGUGUUUGAUACUUCUGUUUGUUUCUGUUCGGCAUUUGAUUAGUUGGCCUAAAAAUUUAUAGACUACACUUUUGUUUUGAAUGCAAAUAGGGUGAAGAAAUCAAAUUUAAGAUCUUUUAGGUUGCCGAACUUCCGUUCCUACAUCUUUUGACUAUCCAUGUAUAGCAUGUUGGAAACUAUGGAAAUUUUUUAAUUGGUUCA